CGCUGACAGAGAGUAUAGGCAUAGCAGCGGCGGGGCUUUGCGAACCCCAAGCCACACCUAUCUGACUGCGUGUGACUGCAGAAAAUAAAGAUUUUAAACAUGAAAAUAGAUAAACAAGCACAGCCAAAGAUAUGUGGUUGUGUUAUUUUGGGAAUCUCCAUAUGGCUUCGUGUCAGUUCAGAUGCUCAGCAAAAAUUUAACAUUCAAGGAACCGGUGUGCUAGCAGGAGUUGAUGUUAUGAUAGCAGUGGGAUCCAUCAUUAUGGUGCUUGGAUUUUUUGGAUGCUGUGGUGCUAUGAAGGAAAGUCGUUGCCUUCUUCUUUUGUUCUUUAUUGGGUUGUUUUUGAUCCUGGCACUUCAAAUAACAGCAGGAGUUUUGGGAGUGGUCUAUAAACCACAGUUGGAAGAACAAGUUAACAAAACUUUGGUUGGGCUUAUACCAUUAAAUAAUCAACCCUUAGACUUACAAAAAGCACUGGAGCAACUCCAAGAAGAGAACAAAUGCUGUGGUAUUAUUCAAGGCAUACAGGACUGGGGAACUGCUGGUUCAUCAUCAUGUCGUUGCACUAAAUUAUCGGAUCCAGACACAUGUGGUGCUCAGUACUAUAACCAGACAUGUUUUUCAGUACUUGUUGACUACUUCAAAAAACAUCUUUUAAUCAUCAUUGGAAUUGCGUUUGGGCUGGCAGUGGUUGAGCUUUUUGGCCUUGGAUUUUCCAUGACUUUAUAUUGUCAGAUAGGAAAGAAAUAAGGAGACCUUCAUCACAUCAAGCUAUACAAGGCAAACCAUUCACCUCAAUAUACCAGCUAUUGCUUUAGGCAUUUCUUCUUUUUUAUUCUCAUAACUGUUUAUUGUAAUAUACUAGAUGAUAUAUGCAGUAUAUAUUGUAAUGCACCAUCUAUUCAAUAGACAGUCAAUAAAUACUAAAUCUGUGCAGAUGACCAAAUAUCUCUUCUUUAGUUAGAACAAUGUAUACAACAUUUAGGAUCUAAAACAUUUUCAUGUUUCUCAAUUUUAGUUUCCUUAGUUCCUUUGGUUAAUUUUUUUUUUUUACUUUGUUAUUAUUUGUUAUUAUUUUUUUGUUUUUUUAUUAAGACUUAUGUUUAUUAUGACCUUAAUAAAACAAUUCUGUUUAAUAAUUACUGUAACAAAGAUUUGAUAGAAUACAAUGCUCUGUAUGCAAUGGGUUUUAAAAUAGUCAUAUUUAGACUAGUGGUAAGUAUGAAGAUUAAUUCAAGGUUGUUUUUUUUUAUCCAUUUUUUAAGUUUAAAAAUAUAACAA